UGAAGCUUGGUCCAUCUCCAGUGUGUCUCAACGCCUCUGUGUGUAACGUUAGUUGUUCGAGUUUGCUGAAGUCUGCGCAAAGGACAGUUGGAAGGGUGGAUUUUUUCCUCGCCGAGGUCUUACCAGAGGUAACACAACCUGCCGGACUUGUGGGCGAAGAGGCGUUUAAAGAAGGAUCUAGAGGAGGACGUUUUUUUUUUUUUUUUUUUUUUUUUUGGUUUUGUUUUGUUUUGUUUUGCUUUCUUUUUUGGAGGGAUAACCAGUCAAAAGCAGUCACUGGGGAAGUAUUAAGGACCAUUCCUGGUUGAGUCGAGGUUACCGCACCGAUCUCUCCAACACGGGAGGCUCCCCAAACCAAGGACCAGCCCAGUCUCCAAGGCGUAUCCGACAACGGCCUGCAGGGUGGCGAGAGAGAGCGAGGACACGAGGCGUGGGGCGCCGGGAAUGAGUGAGUUCUGGCACAAGAUUGGCUGCUGUGUGGUGGCCAAGCCCCCGCCGAAGAAACGGCGGAGGAAGAUCGACCGCACCAUGAUCGGGGAGCCCACAAACUUUGUCCACCUGACCCACAUAGGCUCUGGAGAGAUGGCAGACGGAAUGCAACCGUCUGGAACAGUGCAGGAACAGAUGAGAUCAAAAGUGCCCCAUAGCAAUGGCCGCAACAGCUUGUUAUAGCCAUCUAGUCUGCCUUGUGGAGGGUUGUCUGGCAUGUCUCUCCCCACACCCGAGCAUUUGCCUCUCGGAGACCAGACCUGACGGCCUCCCCCAUGUAGCACUUGGCCCACCUGCAGAAGAGAGCACAGCUGCUGAUGCUGAUGUGCCGUUUGUCAUUCGUCACUUUCCACAAGAUCCAUUUGCUACUCAUGCCAAAAAAAAAAACUACAAACACAAAAAACAAGGACUGCUAGGUUUUACCUUGGACUUCCCCCCCCCCCUAUAUGGUCCACUUUUCAAUAUUAGAGAGACAGUCUCUCUCACUGUUUCUUUGUUUUUAUUUUUUUUAAAGGAAGGAUUGAAAGUGCCAAAAACGGAUCCUUUUUUUCUUUUUUUUUUUAAAUAGUGAAUAUGUGGAUGUAUGUGAGGAGUGUGUGGCUGGGGCGUAUCUUCAAUUUCUUCUGUGUGUUGAUGCGCUGGCUGUGUUCACCUCGUGUUUAACGGCAGCUGCUGCCUGAAAAACUGAGCAGACACGGGCUCGUCCACUAGCCCUUUAGCCCCAUGCUACAGUAUAUUCACAUUCAGGUCAGAUUUAACCACACAGACAGGGGACCCCACCUUCCUAAUGUUUUAAGACUUUCUUCAAACACAUUUUGUUUCCGUAAUCUUCUAGAAGUUUGUCAUUUACCUUUUAAGAGAAAUUAUAUAUAGAUAUAGGCUACGUCAUACUCUAAAGUUUUUUUUUUUUUUUUUUUAAAUAACACGGGCUGUCCAUAUGGAUUGCCCCUUGCACUGGUGUAUCUUUUUGUCAUCUUGCCUCUGGAAUCCCAUGUCACAAAGUGCAAGAACCUGGCUUUGUAUGUGCAGUAUGGGUGUGUGUACAUAUAUCUUCACAUGAGAGAAAGUUCAAGUUCAUGUGUGUGUGUGUGUGUGUGUGUGUGUGUGUGUGUGUAUGUUUGUUUGUUUGUGUAUGUGUCCUGAUGAAUGAGAAUUGAAGUUCCCUCAGCUUUCACCCUCGCAUUUAACACACACAAAAAAAGUAUUGCCAAAGGCUUUGUCUAUUUAGUGUUAUUUAAUUUUACAUUUCUUGGUUGCAGAUAUGCAGAUAGAACAGAUAUGUCCUUCUGAGCAGCAGUAUAAAAAUGAGACUGAACACUGGAUAGUCUUCUUCAGCCGUGUGACCUUUCUAGGGGCUGUAUGCACUGAUCUAUAAAGAAUACCAUAGAUCAGUGGCUGUAUGGUGUCUGCAUCCACUUGCGGUGUCCUCUCUCCUGUUACCACUGGUCUGAGCUACAUGCUUUGCUAGGGCUCUUCCUCUGAUUCACCUUCAAAUAACAGUCACACGGACCCAUGUGAUGCAUCUGAGUGAGAUUUUGUAUGGCACCCCUUGCCUAGUAACCAGGGGAAUAUUGUAAACUCCCAUCUGUUGGGGGUCUGUCUUUUGAUGUGGCACCUUCUAGUGAUUUGGGCAAAUGGCACCUUUUUAAUUGUUUUGCUUUUGCUUUUUUUUUUUUUUUUUUUUUUUUUUUUUUUUUUUUUUAAUUAUUGAAACUCAAAUAGCAUUAAUUAGCUUAGUCAGUUAUUGUUGUCUGUUGUGAUUUACAUUGUUUUAUAAAUGACAAUUUAAUCUGAAACUCCUAUGAUCAUUAGAAAGGUCCUUCACCAUGUUUUCCAAGGGUUUUCAACGCACCAAUACGUUUCGUGGCCAAAUGGAUAAAGAUUCCACCUGAAUGGUAGCAGAGGGAUGGUGCUGGGCACAGAUAGAUUGUUGAGGAAGCAUGGGAACAUUCCACUGCUCUGGCAUGCCUAACCUUUCAUAAAUUGUCACCAUGGUGCUAUUACAAUUCUAUAUAGUGCCUUAAUUUCCUCCAGUCCCCCAAAGAUUUGUGCUUUAGACAUGUUGACGUAUUUCCCCACGUUGUUGAUCAUCCUAUACUAUGACCUAAUUGAAUAAUUUCACUUUAUUGGUGCACAAAACUGUUGAGUGUUCAUCUCGGUCAGAGGGUGAGCAUGGCUCGGGUCCGUUUGAUUUGCAGCCCAGAUCAUACACUGGCUUUCUGCUUAGAGACUUGGAGCAAACUCUGUGGCUGCUCUCAGCGUUUCGCACAGGCUUCGUCAGUCACUGUGAAGACCUCAGAGCAUGUAUGAGUCAGAGCAUAAUUCGGUCCAAGAGACCAAAUGAGCUUGCGGGGGGAAAACUGGGGUUUCGUGUUGCCAGUUAAGCCAAUGUCUAGUUUUACAACCACACGUCCGAGUCUUGGACCUGUACCUCUGUUUAUAUGCUUUAAGAGAGAUUGUGGGGUGACUGAGUGUGAGAGAGAGAGAGAGAGAGAGAGAUGGGUUAUUCCCAGUUGAGUCUGUAUUUACUUGUGGCUGUAAGCCCUGUUGGCUUUUAAAUAAUACACUUUUUUUUUCCAAACCUG